CUUGCAUGUGAUUGGCUGGAUUGGUGAGGGGGAGGAGCUGAUGUGGCUGGCAGACCCUGAACAGUCCACAAUCCCUGGCUGUGUUCCUACAACGUCACCAUGAAGAUCGCCUUGGUGAGCAUCUUUUGGCUGAUGCUUCUGACUGACAUCCACGCCAGCGUCCAACCGCAGAAAAACUUUGACCUUCAGAGGUUUGCAGGGAGGUGGUAUCGGGUCGGUCUGGCCUAUGAUUCCCCAGGUUUUGUGCAGCAUAGAAGCAAACUUCCCAUCUCUAUGGGCACAGUGGAGCCGAAGGAGAACGGGAACGUCAACAUGACCAUGUGGAGUUUAAGUUCCUCUGGCUGUCAUUCUAAGGUCUACAUUUAUAAGAAGACUUCUGUGCCCGGCGUCUUCACCUACUACAGCACUCGUCACAGAAGGGUGAAGGAUGUUACUGUGGUGGAGACGAACUACACAGAGUACGCCCUGGUCCUCAAACACAAGAAGUUUAAAAAGGAGUUCACACAAGUGGCCCUUUAUGGUCGUACUAAGAAGUUGAGGGCAGAUGUGAUGGAGAAGUUCAGAGUGUAUGCCACAGCUCAAGGAUUCCCGAAGGACUCCAUACUGACUCCACCAGCUGCUGUCUUUUUAGAAAACUGUCCUCCAUCAGGAAGUUAGUUCCCAAUCACGUUUAGAGCUGGAGGAAACACAUCAUCAUUAAUGUGCCAAAAUGAUGUCUGUUUGUGACAGUUUGUAGUAUUGUAACUACAUGUCAUUGUCGUUUGCUGUGCAUAGUUGUUAUAUUUAUGAUAAAACACUGAAUCUAGGUAUAUAUCAUCACGUCUCUGAUGAUCUUUGCUGGCAAAAAUAAAACUUUUCUUCUGUUCAUAUUGUGUAUGUUAUUCACAUCUGGAGUUUGGCAUGAGAAAUUAAAGUUAA